CGAGCAAGUGUUUUGCCAGCGAAGCGCUCGACGUAGGAUAUUUCUGAGGAAACUGUACAGUGCAACUUCACACACAUGGAUAUUUACGUGGCUUUGUUAUCCGUAGUGCUCAUUGCGAAACCAGUUUUCGGUUUUGGAAUAGAUCCCGAUUACCAGAUUGAUAUCAUCAAUGAACUUGACUUCGCAAAUGCAACAUUUGGAAUUACCCAAGUGGCAGGGCUUCACAAAAAUAGCAAAGCCUUCUUAUUUCGAGAUGUGGGCAGAGCAGUCCACGCGCCGGCCCACAUCACAGAGAAGGUGGUGCAGCUCUUUAGGAGUAAAAGUGAAUUUACCUUCCUGGCCUCCAUCCAGCAGAAGUUCUCCACGUCAGGAGUCAUCUUCUCCAUCCAUGAAUCUGAACACAGUUACUUUGAGCUGGAGAGCAGUGGCCUGAGGGAGGAGAUCCGAUACCACUACAGCUACAAAGGCAAGCCUCGCUCAGAGUCCUUCCCCUACCGACUAGCCGACGGCCAGUGGCACAAGAUAGCCCUCUCCAUCAGCGCUACACACCUAUUGCUGCAUGUUGACUGCAACAGGAUUUACGAGCGAGUGAUAGAUCCACCUCAGAUGGAUCUGACCCUGGGCAGUGGAGUGUGGCUGGGUCAGCAUAGCCACAAGCACGGCUUCUUCAAGGGUACCAUUCAGGACGUCAAAUUAAUUUUUGCUCCAAACGGCUACAUCACACAAUGUCCCAACCUUAAUCGCACCUGUCCGACAUGCAGUGAUUUCCUGAGCCUGGUGCAAGGCAUCAUGGACCUUCAGGAGUUGCUGGCCAAGAUGACCCUAAAGCUGAACUACGCAGAGUCCAGGCUGACCCAGCUGGAGGGCUGCCGCUGUGACAGGACGUGCAGUGCCAACGGUGUGGACUACAGAGACAAAGAGCUGUGGGUGGAGCCAGAGAACUGCAGGAACUGCAUCUGCAUGAAUGGAGUGGUGGAGUGUCGCAGGAUAUUCUGUCCCCCUGCCAACUGCUCAGAGGACUCUCUUCCCGUGCAUGUGGUGGGCACCUGCUGCAAGAAAUGCAGACCAAAAUGCACCUACAUGGCCCAAACUUUGUCAGAGGGCCAGCGUCUGCUAAUGAAAAGGUGCACAGAAUGCAAGAAUGGGCUGAUGGUGAGAGUGACAGAGAACUGUCCGGAGCUCAACUGCACCCUCAAGGAACAGAUCCUACCUGACAACAGGUGCUGCAAUGUCUGCAAAGGCUACGACUUCUGUGCAGAGGGACUCAUUUGUGGGGAAAAUUCAGAGUGUAAAAACCGGAAUACCAGAGCCGAGUGUGAGUGCAAGAGCGGCUUUGCCUCCAUCCACGGGGACUCAACAUACUGUGAAGAUAUUGAUGAGUGUGCUGUUCAAAGGCACUACUGCCAGGCUAACACAGCAUGUGUGAAUGUCCCCGGCAGCCAUCGCUGUGACUGUCUACCUGCCUUCAUCAGAGUGGAUGACUACUCCUGCACAGAACAUGACAAGUGUGCAAGUUGGCAGAGCUCCUGUAACGACAAUGCCAUCUGCACCAACACCAUCAGAGGCCACCUGUGCACCUGUAAGCCUGGCUACGUAGGGAACGGCUCAAUCUGCACAGCAUUCUGCGAGGAGGGUUGUAGGAGCGGAGGUACCUGUGUGUCGCCCAACACCUGCAUCUGCCCCUCAGGCUUUACGGGACGUCACUGUGAGACAGACAUUGACGAGUGUGCGGAGGGCCUGAUCCAGUGCCACAAUCACUCCCGCUGUGUCAACCUGCCGGGCUGGUACCACUGUGAGUGCAGGAACGGUUUCCAUGACAAUGGCUCCUACCUGAUCCACGGGAGCUCCUGCAUCGACGUUGAUGAGUGUGCCACACAGACACACACCUGCUGGAACGACAGUGUGUGUGUGAACCUUCCGGGUGGGUUUGACUGUAUGUGUACAUCUGGACCGGCUUGCAGUGGAGACUGUCUUCACGAGGAGGGCCUCAAGCACAACGGACAGGAGUGGAACCUCAGCCUGGACCGCUGCUCCCUCUGCUCCUGCAAGGACGGGCGCACCUUCUGCAGGAGGAGAGAGUGUGACUGUGUGGACCCUGAGGCAGACCUGUUCUGCUGUCCUGAGUGUGACUCCAGAAAGUCCAGCCAAUGUCUGCACCAGAGUGGACACACACUGUACAACAGCAGAGACUCCUGGAUCUACAGCUGCCAGCAGUGUCGCUGCCUGGAGGGAGAGGUGGACUGCUGGCCCCUGGCCUGUCCAGUGUUGGUGUGCAAGUACUCUGCCUUGGCAGAGGGUGAAUGUUGCCCGCACUGCGUCACUGACCCCUGUCUGGCAGACAAUAUUGCCUAUGACAUCAUGCAGACCUGCCAGGACCCCGCUGGGAUCACCCGCCUCAGCAGUGCCACGUGGCCCAUGCCAGGGUCACCCUGCACCACCUGCAAAUGCAAGAAUGGAAGUGUGUGCUGCUCGGUGGAGCUGGAUUGUCUUCAGAACAACUAAACACUCCUCUUUCGGUAGCCGUACUCUUCUCCUCCUCUCCAAUAGCUCCUUUCUUCAGAUCCUAGACUGGCCACACUGUUUGAAGACCCUACCUUUGGACCUUUUACCACACAUGCUCACAAACACGCACAUAUGUACGCACACACUCUGCCUGGGUUAGGGCAGUGGCUAGAGCUGUGUGUCCAUACUGGUUCUUCAAGCAACACUAUAUCACUGACAAAUUGAGAGAUGGAGUGUCUGUCUGCUACACAACUACAGGAGGAGACCAACCCACGUAUAACCUUUCCCUCACUCACCCCCUACUCGCACCCUUAUCAGUGUGUUCUGUAUGUUUGUGUGCCUGCGUGUGAGUAUACCAGGGGUUCCCAAACUUUUUUGGCUCACAACCCCAUGUUGAUUAAAAAUAAAUUGCAACUCCACAAUGUAAGAAAGUUAUGUAAUCAAGGGACAGUGUUUUUUAAAUUGUCGCUAUGACAGUCUAUUAGAAAUCAGCCUGACAGUACUUUUGAAAGUAUUUCAACGUGAAGGAAGUAUGGUUUGAAGUGACUGAAAUGCAUCUGAUAUGUGUUGGGAAGUUCAGAAGAUCAUCAGGCAAUAAUUUUGUAUGAUCUUCUGUGUAGAAAACAUUCAUGUUAAUGUUCUUUUUCCCCCAGUCUGAUUUACUGCCUGGUCCUGUCCAAUCUGUUAUAAUGAGUCCUGUGUGACAUGGGCAUUGUGGAGGGAAACAGAAGACACAUGAGUGGUCCUGAGAAUCGGAUGUUUGAUGGGGUCAUAGCAUUCGUAGGAAGAAAACAUAAACUUCUCUGUUUAUUACAACUGCAUCUAGCGGCUACCAGCGCAAUUUCCCCCCCCCCCCCAGAGACUUUCUCAAAUAAAAUUAUAUUGGUCGCAUACACAUAUUUUGCAGAUGAUGUUAUCGCAGGUGCAGUGAAAUGCUUAUGUUUCUUGCUCCAACAGUGCAGUAAUACAUGAUAACACAGACAAAUCCCCCCAUAUUAAAAUAAAGAAAUUAAGAAAUAUCAGAACGUGCAAUGUCAGAGUCUGGAAAAUAAAAUAUAUAUUUAAAAUGUUAUUUAACCUUUAUUUAACUAGGCAAGUCAGUUAAGACCAAAUUCUUAUUUACAAUGAUGGCCUACCAAAAGCAUGCGUGGACGGGGGCUGGGACUAAACAUUUAAAUCAAAUAAAAAUAUAGGACAAAACACACAUCCCGACAAGAGAGACACCACAACACUACAUAAAGAGAGACCUAAGACAACAACAUGGCAGCAACACAUGAUACUACAGCAUGGUAGCAACAUGACAUAACAACAACAUGGUAGCAGCACAAAACCUGGUACAAACAUUAUUGGGCACAGACAACAGCACAGAGGGCAAGAAGGUAGAGACAACAACACAUCAUGCAAAGCAGCCACAACUGUCAGUAAGAGUGUCCAUGAUUAAGUCUUUGAAUGAAGACAUGGAGAUAAAACUGUCCAGUUUGAGUUUUUGUUGCAGCUAGUUCCAGUCGCUAGCUGCAGCGAACUGAAAAUAGGAGCGAUCGUGGGAUGUAUGUGCUUUGUGGACCUUUAAUCGAAUGUGACUAGCAGAACGGGUGUUGUAUGUGGAGGAUGAGGGCUUCAGUAGGUAUCUCAGAUAGGAGGGGAGUGAGGCCUAAGAGGGUUUUAUAAAUAUGCAUCAACCAGUGGGUCUUGCGACAUGUAUACACAGAUGACCAGUUUACAGAGGAGUAUAGAGUGCAGUGAUGUGUCCUAUAAGGAGCAUUGGUGGCAAAUCUGAUGGCCGAAUGGUAAAGAACAUCUAGCCGCUCGAGAGCACCCUUACCGGCCAAUCUAUAAAUGACGUUUUCUGUAAUCUAGUAUGGGGUGGUGAAAGAGGAGCAUUUACAAUAGAGCAAACUACGUCUAGAUUUAACCUUAGCCUGCAGAUUUGAUAUGUGUUGAGAGAAGGACAGUGCACUGUCUAGUCAGACUCUCAAGUACUUGUAUGAGGUGACUACCUCAAGCUCUAAACCCUCAGAGGUAGUAACCACACCUGUGGGGGGAGAGGCAUUCUUCUUAUCAAACCACAUGACCUUUGUUUUGGAGGUGUUCAGAACAAGGUUAAGGGUAGAGAAAGCUUGUUAGACAUUUAGAAAGCUUUGUUGCAGAGUGUUUAACACAACAUCCGUGGAGGGGCCAGCUGAGUACAAGACUGUAUUAUCUGCAUAUAAAUGGAUGAGGGAGCUUCCUACUGCCUGAGCUAUGUUGUUUAUGUAAAUUGAGAAGAGCGUGGGGCCUAGGAUCGAGCCUUUGGGUACUACUUUGGUGACAGGCAAAGAGAGAGAUAGUUAGCAAAACCAGGUCAAAGUCCCUCAGAGACACCAAUACUCCUUAGCC